CUUUCUGGUAGAACUUUGAAUGAAAUGUUUCUGGUUGAAUGUUCUGUAAGGUGCAAUAUGUCGUUUUCUUUUCAUUUAUAAACAAAUUGAUCAUUAUUGGUAAGGUCAGGAUGCUCCUGUGUAAUUUAUUAACACAAAGAAGACAGAAGCAGCAGUCCACUAGUGACAAAUUUGCCAUCUUCAACCAAACAAACUCAAACCCAAGGGAGGAACACAUGUAAGAACAACCCUACUUUUUUCCCCGACUAUCUGUUCCAUCAGUUUCUUCAGGUUUCACCAAAGCAUUCUGAAGAUUCUCUACGAGGAUAAGAUGAUGCAUGAAGGCCAUCUUCACAAGCUUUUAGCUUGCCCCUUUUUGUUUAUUAGUACAUGAUUAAGUUUCGAAGGCUGCUAACAAUCUUCUGGAGUCGAAACGAGAAUUCUGUGUGAUGGUCAUGGAGAUUGUUAUCUCUGUGAUUCUACUGUUUGUUGGGAUUGCUGUUUUGGUGGUCAUUCAUAUUUGUAUAGUUGGGAGAACAUUCAAUGGAGGCAGUAACAUUCAAGGUGUUGGUAUGGUGGUUCAAAGAAGAAGCUUUGGGAUGAAAAGGAUGUCCAUUGAGGAGUUGAAUAUGCUUCCUUGCUUUGACUACAUGGCAGGAGAGAAAGGGAGUACUGAUAGCCCUGUGGAAUGUGCAGUUUGUUUGGAAAAUAUCAAGGCAGGCGAAAAGUGCAGGUUGUUGCCAAAUUGCGGGCACAGCUUCCAUGCUCAAUGCAUAGACUCGUGGUUGUUGAAGACGCCGGUUUGUCCAGUAUGCCGGAGUUGUGUCAAUCGUCCAAAGAUUGAUGUGAGUGUCGGUGAGGAAGCUAGUGUUGCAGUGAUCUUGAUAUUAGCUUUUCACCACCUGAAUUCAGAUAACAUUCGAGGCAAAGGCUUUCUCGCUUUGCCUCUUUUCUAUGUUUUGCCGAAAAUAACUCGAUGCUGGUUCUUUGCCAAAAGUCAUGUUGUUGUUGGACGCAACUCGCACGCGUUCUUGCUUUUGUGCUUUUGGAAAAUUUGUAUGCUCUGUACUUUUGUUAUUGGGUUUCAAAGUCCUCACUAUUUUGCUUCUCACCCUGCAAGACGCUAA